AUGCAACCACCGCAACAUGAACAAGAAUUAUCUGCUUCACCACCAGCGCAGGCGCUCGAUUAUGAUCAUCCUAGAUUUCAUAAAGGUGGGAACCGGGCUGUGAUUCCAUCUAAAAGAGCAGCGCAGAAUCGAGCAGCACAGAAAGCGUUUCGUCAGAGAAGAGAGCAAUACAUUAAGGAUUUGGAGAUAAAAGCCAAAGAGAUGGAGGAUUGGCAGAAUGAAUUGGAUAGAUUGCGGAAGGAAAAUGGGGACUUACGCGACCGAGUCUCGACAUUGGAACAUCAAGUAACAGUAUUGACAGGUGGUGAUCCAAGCAAAAUACCACCUGAGCCUAUCCGCAAACCACCGCCCACUGUUGAUAUAGUAACAAAUGAUCCAGAACCAGAACCAGCUGUCGAUAAAACGCAACAGCACCAACAACAGCAGCAGCAGCAGCAUCCGGGUGUACCGAGCGACUAUUGGGGUAAUAACAACAUGCAAGUGGGUGAUUUUGAUUUGGAUUUCGAUUUUGAUCCGUUUUUCGAGGAUGAAUUUGGCCCGACACUUACCAGUAACAAUGAUUUCCUGCCGAAUGCAAAUAGCGGGCAGGUAUUGGAUGAUCUAUUUGCAAUGUUACAGACAAGACAAAGACCUCAAAUUCCAAUCGUGCCAGGCGAUGAUAACUCGGAUUUUCCUAAUAAUAAUAAUAAUAGUAAUAAUUUAUUGUAG